CCAUAAUUUCGACACGGAGCAAAUAGCGGUGACAAACGGACGCACAAAUGCGAAAGAGCGGCACUGGAAUAGUUUGCAAAAUUGGAUAAACAUCAUUGAGAAGAAUUGAAAGCAGAACUUUACAGUUUACGAUGACUCUGGAUAACAUAUUGGGACCUUCUUCUGUUUUGUGAGACACCCUGGGCGAUUUGCGAGCGAAGAGCAAAUCGGGGUCGGAGGAGGAGAGCAAGACAGAAAGUGUCCGAGACGGCGCAGAGGAGAUAUAAGAGGCGGUGAGCGAGUGAGUGAGUGAGAGGAGAGGAGCUGUCCUCCUCUUCUCCUCACUCCCCCACCUCCCCCUCACUGGACACACUGGCUGCGGCUGGGAUGUUGCGACAGAGCAGCGCUGGCGGGAACAAGCGCUCCCUUGGCAUCGCUCGCCUCUCCAACUCGCACUUCUUCCCCCUGUCCUCGGGCACCAUCAACACCGCCACCACCACCACCACCACCACCACCUCCUCCUCCUCCUCCUCCUUGGGCACCGGCGGGGGCACCUGGGGCCGGCCGGCCAAAAGCAGCUCGCAGAGCUCCGUCAGCUCGGGCUCGGACAGCACAGACGCGGCACCGGCCGACUCCGACUACAUUAUGCAGCUGGUCAACGACGUGAGGCACUUUGCAGACGUGCUUCUCCAACUCAAGGAGGCGUUCAACUCCAAAGAGCACCAGGACUGUCUGCACCAGGUGGUCCACGAGCGGCUGGGGGAGCUGCUGCGUGUGCUGAAGGCUGUCAUCGGCAAGCACCAGACGCUCAACUCCGUCGACAUCCUCAGCGCUGCCGGCACCGUCAUCGCAAAGGUCAAAGGUGUGAACUUCAAGGAAGUGAAUGAAGAGAACAAGCAGAAGCUCUUUGGCGAGAUCUACACUUCAAUAGACACUUUGGCAUUCACGUUUGGCAAUGUAGUGUCUGACUUCCUUAUGGGAGAUGUAGAGAAUGGAUCAGCGUUGGGGCUUCCCCAGACUCGAAGAAGCCGGUCCUUUGAAAACCUGUGCGUGGAGUCCGGAGGGUCCGGACCAGAGAAGGAUGAUCCCCCAGGUCCAUCUCCGCCGGCGCGGGUGGAGGAGGUGGAUACAGUACUUCACGGGAGCCUCACUGGCGUGGAGUCUGCGCUGCUCUACGCAAAGGCCUGGUCCAAGUACACCAAGGACCUGCUCAGCUGGGUGGAGAAGCGCAUCAGCCUGGAUAUCGAGUGCGCCAAGAGCUUUGCCAAAAUGGCCGAAUCUGCAAAGACGCUCGCCAGCCAACAGGAGUUCAUGCCAUUCAAAGAGAUCUACACGGCGGCAUUUAAGAACGACAUUGAGUACAGCCAUGUCAUCCUGCACACUACCGCCGCCCUGCAGGCUAAUAAGUUUAUCCAGCCGCUCCAGUCCAGGAAGAGUGAGCUGGACAGACUGAGGAAGGAGGUCAAGGAGCAGUGGCAGAGGGAGCAGAAGAAAAUGCACGAGGCGGACAGUGCCCUGAGGAAGGCGCGGCUGCUGCAGGCCCAGCGGCAGGAGGAGUACGAGAAGGCGCGCCACUCCACCAGCCGGGCGGAGGAGGAGGCCUCGGGAGCAGGGUCCGGCGGAGCCGCCAGCAAACAGCUGGACAAGAGGAGGCGUCUGGAGGAAGAGGCGCUGCAGAAGGCGGAGGAAGCCAAGGAGCACUGCAGGGCCUGCGUGAACGAUGUGGCUGUGAAGAAGGUGGACCUGGCCAAAGCCAAGAGACAAAUCCUGACCCAGGUCCGCGAGCUGGUGUUUCAGUGCGACCUGACACUGAAAGCGGUGACGGUCAACUGGUUCCAGAUGCAGCAGGCCCAGGUGGUGUCGCUGCCGGUCAACUACCAGUCCCUGUGUGAGAGCGCCAAGCUCUAUGAGCCGGGCCAGCGUUACUCGGAGUUCGUCAGGAGCCUCCCCACGGACCGGAGCCGAGGAGAGUCCUUCACCUACGACCUGCCUGCCACGCAGAACUCUGGGUUCCCCUUCAAGCAGUCGAUGAGCAGCAGCCACUCGUCUCAUGGGAACCUGUCGCAGGUGUCCGUGACCUCAGGGGACUUCCUGGGCACAGACGAGGUGGAGAGCCCACUCCACUCACGGCCGGCCAAGAUUGCCGAGAGGCGCUCGAACAGCAGCACCGACAUCCAAGCUCUGAGGAUACAGGGCCCGUUUCGAGCGUGGGGAGCAGGAAACCAGGGUGGGGGCAUGUGCAGCGACUCGGAGAGUGCAGGCGGCAGCAGCGAGUCCAGAUCCAUGGACUCUCCUACAGCCAGUCCAGGGGAUUUCAAGAGGAGGCUGCCGCGGACCCCUUCCACGGGCACUAUGUCCUCAGCGGACGACCUGGACGAGAGGGAGCCCCCAUCCCCCUCAGACAACGGUGGCUUGAGUGAAAUGGUCACGGAGACUGCCAGCUCCCCUGGACCUUUCCGGAAUGCGCAAAUGUCCAAGGCGGCCCAGACACACAAGCUGAGGAAACUCCGGGCUCCGUCGAAGUGCAGGGAGUGCGACAGCCUGGUGGUGUUCCAUGGAGCCGAGUGUGAGGAGUGUUCCCUGGCCUGCCACAAGAAGUGCUUGGAAACACUGGCCAUUCAGUGCGGCCACAGGAAGCUGCACGGCAAGCUGCACCUGUUUGGCGUCGACUUUGCGCAGACGGCCAAAAACAGCCACGAUGGUAUUCCUUUCAUCAUGAAGAAGUGCACAUCGGAGAUUGAGAACAGGGCACUAAACAUCAAGGGCAUCUACCGCGUGAACGGAGCCAAAUCUCGGGUGGAGAAGCUGUGCCAGGCGUUUGAGAAUGGCAAGGACCUGGUGGAGCUGUCAGACCUCUACCCCCACGAUAUCAGCAAUGUCCUGAAGCUCUACCUGCGACAGCUCCCGGAGCCUCUCAUUCUGUUCCGCUACUACAACGACUUCAUCGGCCUGGCCAAGGAGAGCCAGAGCGUCAUCGUGGAGGAAGUGGAGGCGUCGCGCGGGUCGCUGGCCUCCGAGACGCGGCAGGUGAGCGUGGAGCUGAACCGCGUCCUCUUCAAGAUCCGCGACCUGCUCCGGCAGCUGCCACCGGCCCACUACAAAACACUGCAGUUCUUGGUCGAGCACCUGCACAGGGUCACCGAGAAGGCCGACGAGAACAAGAUGACGGCCAGCAACCUGGGCAUUAUCUUCGGGCCCACGCUCAUCAAGCCGCGGCAGGCUGACGCGGAGGUCUCGCUCUCCUCGCUGGUGGACUACCCCUACCAGGCGCUCAUCGUGGAGCUCCUCAUCCGCCACUACCAGAUGAUCUUCGACGCGCCCCUCAGCCCACUGCCCGUCUCGCCCGCGGCCGGCGAGAGCUCGCCGCUGCCCGGCAAGUCGCGCCUCACGGCCCAGGAGAAGGAGCGGCAGCUUAGCCGCCACUCCACGUCUCUGGGGGACAUCAAGGAGCAGCAAAAUGCUAAGAUGUAUAAGAGGCACUCCUCAGUGAUCCCCUCCACGCAUCUGAUGGAUGAGGUGAAAGAGGCCAAGGCCAGGACUGAAGGGAGAGAAUAUGCACCUGCCAUGGAUACCGUGGACUCGAUGUCCAUCAACGGGCUCUUAUCUGCCAGCACCCCGGACAUCCAGAGCUCGCCGCGCUUCCCCCGAAUCCCCCAGGUCUCCUCCCUCUGCAUCCCCAUCUCGUCCUCCUCGCCCGCGGCUUCGCCCACCAGCCCCACCCCUGGCUCUGCCUCCGGCUCUAACCGGGUCCAGAUGCGGCCUCCGCGGUCCAAGCUGUCGUCCCGGCCCAUCAGCCUGCCUCCCGAGCGGCUGCUGAACGCCCGCAACGCCGCCGAUGCCGCCGCCGCCGCCUCGGCUCGCGCCCAGUCGAGGGACGCGGCCAUCGAGGAGGCCUCGGAGGAAGAGCCGCAGCCUCAGCAGCAGCAGCAGCCACAGCAGCGGUCAGGGCUCAAGUCUCGGUCCGGCACGGCGCACUACCGGAGCACCUACAUCGACACGCAGACGCUGCGCCGCAAAUGGGACCGCGAGUACAAGCGCUACGACAUCACGGCGCGCACGGCCAUGAUCGUGGCCAAGCUGCCCGGCCAGGACGCCAGCGCCGGGGGAGACGGGGGCACGGGGGUCGCAGUCCCCGCUACCACCACCACCACGGCCACGACGAUCCCGCUGUCGUCGUCGGUGCCCUCGUUGAUGCGUUUCUCCGAGCGCAUGACUGGAACGGGCAGCUUGAGUCGACAGGGCCGCGGGGCGCUGAGGCGGGAGGGGAACGUGAGCGAGUACAGCCCAGUGCCGACCACCUUCCGUGCCCCGCGCACUCUCCAGCCGCCCCCCGGAACCUUCUACAAGCCGCCCGCCGUGGGCAGGGCCAAGUCCCUCACGGAGAUCUCCAUCAAGCCCAGAGGGCCGAUGGCGUCGGCGAACAGCGCAGAGGACGACGACGAUGACGAGGAGGAGGAGGAGGUGUUGGAGAUCGAGGUGUCUGUGGAUGGGCCGUGCCCAGAGGCGGAGACCCAAAGCCUGGAGCCACACUCCCCAUCCCAGUCUCCUAGCUCCAGUCCGGAGGAGCUCAACCAAAGCGAGGCCAAGCCCGUCUACCAGAGACUCCGCUCGCGCCGGCUGCAGGAGUUUGAGCACCGAGAGGCCCAUUUUGUAUGACCUCGAUUCUGAUCCCAAGUCAGUUUCCUUGGCCAACGUUCGGUGGCUGAGAGGUUCCUGGUUAUCUAAAAAAUGUGUCAUAUUGUACAUGAAGAAUCACAAAAAAAACUGAACAGACAUUGUAAACUGUGAGGAGAACACCACUGAAGUGUUAUAUAUAGUUAAUAUAUACCCUGUUACCUGGAGUCUACAGGCUUAGAUGAGGAAAGCCAGGUGGAUGAACUGAAAAACUCAAAAGUAUGCACUUAGUUUCAGUUGUGUUUCGCGUAGUUCCUUCUUUUAGGUUAAACAGUUUGAAAUGUGUUAUCAAGAUGGAGCUCAGCAACAGAGAAAAUAUGAACAAGAUGUUCAAAAUGAACAAUGUAUUUUUUAACAAAACAAAACAUUCAAAAUGGGACUGCUAAACAGUUAUGGCAGAGUGGAAACCUUUUCUUUCUAAACUGUGCAAUUGACCUCACUUGGAGAAUAUUAGACUGUUGUAUAAAAUGUACUGUUACUAUGCCAAAAAUAAUUCAACUGUUACUAUUGUGUGUAUUGUCACUUUAUCACCACUGUUUUAAUGCACUUACGAGGCUUAAUCCAAUCAUCCCCAAUUGUUUUUGUACAUUUCUACCAUUUUUGUAAUGCAGUAUUUUAUUGUAUGUGUACAGUAUUACUUGUGUUCAAGUAUUCAAAGGACAAAUGUUUUAAUUUGAUAUGCUGUAUAAUCAAAAAAUCUAAUACAAUAUUUUGUAUUGAACCUUAUGUCUAAGUUACAUUACUGGAUAGCUGCCUGAAAUGUGUGGUGAAUAUUAUGGACAAUUAGAAUCAUUCUUUGGGAGGGACGUAACUUCCAUUAUUAUUAUUUUUUUUAAAUAUUGGCUUUAAUGUCUUUUCAAAACACAUUAAAAAGUUAACUGAUGUAUGAUAUGGUGUUUUGUACAAAGUAUAUUGAUAUAUUUUGCUCACUUCUGGAGUAAGGUCAAUAAGGAUGUUUAUAUGUCAAAACAAAACUACUUUUGAUAUCUGCAGACCCCACUGAUUAAGCUCAAGUAAGUGCAUUUUCUAUGUAAACUGUAUAUCCCUCAAUGUUUUAUAAAAUAUGAUCAAAAGGA